AUGGCAAGUCCCAGUGCCAGCAACAUGCUUAAAAUGACAUGGAGUGACGAAGCUGCAAGAAAUGCUGAAAGCUGGGCAAAUAUGUGUACCAUGACUCACAGUCCCUCAGCUAAACGACAUAUCAGCUCCACUGGUUGUGGAGAGAAUUUAUUCAUGUCCUCUAAUCCCAGAUCAUGGUCAGAUGCAAUCCAAUCUCUUUACGAUGAAGUUAAAGAUUUCAAAUAUGGAUUUGGAAGUACUCGACCAAAUGCUGUAACUGGUCAUUACACCCAGCUUGUUUGGGCCACUUCCCACCAACUUGGUUGUGCAUUAGCCCACUGUCCUCGGAGCAUCUAUAAGUAUUUCUAUGUUUGCCAGUAUUGCCCCAGUGGAAACGUGUUGAACACCAUCAAAACCCCAUAUAAAAAAGGAAAACCGUGUGAAGACUGCCCUCAUCAUUGUGAUAACGGGCUUUGCAUUGAAGGAGAGGCCAUGGCCGUGUCCUUAGAGAAAGGACCCAGUAAUGCCAUCAUAAAGCAUUCCAUGAGCCUUUUGUCAAGCCUUCACUCAAAGAAACCUGGGCCACUUUUCAUGGUAACUGACAGGAGUGGGAAAAACAUUUGUGGUUUAUUAGAUACUGACUUAAAACUAAUGCUGAUCUCCAAAGACCUCAAAUACCACCAUGGCACAUAG